UUGUUCUUUAUCAAUAGAAGCUUAAAGCUGUUCAUCAAGCACUGCAGCUUAUGGCUGACUUUGAUGAGCUCGCCUUGGAGCCUCUUGCAGUUGGGUAAGUCUGUUAUCUUUGGUAUGUCUGCUCUUAUCAGCUAACGCAUUCUCUUUAGUAUUUCGUUUGAAACGGGUCCUUCCACUGCUGCUACAAUGGAUACCGUUUCCAAUGCCCCCGAUGACUCUCCUGAUGAUGCCACACAAACCAAACUGCCCUCCGCCCUUUCAACAGAAGAAAUUCAAGACCAUGUUCGUACAAAGAUUUGUCCAAUACUCUUCACUCAAGAGUCCCAUCCUUUACGUAGGUUUAAGGAACUUGCCAUGCGACAUCCUCUGAAAGUAGUCAAGGUUGUAGUUAAACAGAAGAAAGCACUUUCUGUUUUAGAGGGCAAAGGCGUCAUCAACUUUGUUCCUGGCCGUCCUCCUUCCGCUGCCCAAGAGCUUCCAUCCACUAGCCAACACAUUGUACAAUUGGCAUCAACAUCAACCAGUUCUAAGGGCAAAGGCAAAGAAGUACCCAGCCAUAGCCCUCCAAGUGCUGCUGGAAAGAAGCUUCCUUCAAGCAAGCCAGCCUCUGACGACACUGCUGUUCCUUUCACUACUCCCAACAAAUCGGCUGCUGUUGCUACCGAGCUAUCUGAGCAUGAGGAAGAAGAUAUGGAGCUUGAGGAAGGCGAAACAAUCAGUCCAUCCCCCUCUCCACAGCAUGUAAAACAAGCUAGCUUAAAAGACGAUGACAAGCAUUCAGGCUUCAAGCACAAUGAGGCAGAUGUUGAUGAAUCUGCUUCCCGUUCUCUGAACAAAGGCACCACUGCCAACCCCAAGCAAAGCACAAAGCGCACUAUUUCUAGUGACAGUGGGCGUAGCACUAAAAGAAAACAAAGCGACGAUAAGAGCAGCUCUGAAGAGAAGGACCAGGUUGCUACCAAUGACAAAGGCAAGCAAAAGGUCACUGAGACGAUCAAGGAAGAGCCCACUGAUAAUAACCCUGAUACGACAUCGCUGAAGAAAACUUUGUCAGCUACUGCGCCUAACGCAAACACCAUGGAACAAUAUAAAGUAUUCACAUUCAUGUUCCGAAAUCUUGCACAUACCUACAAGAAACGAGGUGAUAGUGAAAAAGAUAAACUGAUUUCCGCCUUGAACCAUUUUCAUGCUUUUUGUAACUACAUCAUUAGUUACUACUACAACGAAAAACAAAAAACAGACGUGACACCAUCUGAAUCCGUUACAGCCUGGAAGUCCUUGUUUCCUUUUGCUGAUAUGCUCUUGGCUAAGCUCAAAGCCCAAGAGCAAUAUCUUCUGUAUGGUGUCUGCCUCCGUCUGGUAGCCAUGAUGCGCUUUGGCAUUUUCAGCAAAAUGCAAGGCGAAAUUCAUGGCGUUCUCGCCAAGCAUUUGAAAACUUCUUCAGCAAGUGACAGCCUCAAAUAUGUCAAAAUGUCACACAACUUGCUGGAGGAGUACAAUAAAGCAAUGACCGCGAACGCCUCUUCAGAAAAAUACUUUGGCUACCAAGUUCUGGCUAGCAAGUUACCAUUGACCUUCAAGCAAGUAUGUGUCGAUGGUAACUUGCUCAGUGGUAUAACUGUGGGUGGGGAGGCUGGCGUGGAGGUCUCACCAAUGUUCCCAUUUGAAUUGAACGCCAGCCUCCUCCAUGCUGCUAUAGGUGCAAAGUGCAUCCUGAGUGAGUUCGUGUCGUUGAAAAAGCUAGAAUUUAAAUUGAUCAACGACACGGACGAAUACAUGUAAAUAUUUUGUAAAUAGUCCUUUUUUUUUGUAAAUAAAUCUUGC